UUUGGCCUGGCCAGAAUUAUGACUUUUCCUAUGGCGCCAGAAAGCACAUAGGGUUGCCAACUAACCAAAGAAAGCUGCUGACUGGCCUGCUCCUGUGCCUUUUAACAGCAGCUUGGUCUGCAGAAAUCAGUGGGUGAAGCUUUUCACAGCACAAAGGUAAAUGUUGAAGACACUGUCAAAAUGUUACCCAAGUCCCGGCGAGCGCUCACCAUCCAAGAGAUUGCGGCCCUCGCCCGGUCCUCCCUGCACGGUAUUUCGCAGGUGGUGAAGGAUCAUGUGACCAAGCCCACGGCCAUGGCUCAAGGCAGGGUGGCCCACCUCAUUGAGUGGAAGGGGUGGUGCAAGCCCAUGGAUUCACCUGUGGCUCUGGAGAGCACUUUCAACUCCUAUUCGGACCUGAGCGAAGGAGAGCAGGAGGCCAGGUUUGCUGCAGGCGUAGCUGAACAAUUUGCCAUUGCCGAAGCCAAGCUGAGGGCCUGGUCUUCGGUGGAUGGGGAUGAUUCCAAUGAUGAAUCUUACGACGAAGAUUUUGCCACUCCCACCGACACAACCCAACCAGCUGAUGCAAUGAGCCAGCUCCCCCCUAGCACCUUGCUGAAGGGUUUCCUGCACAGCCGCUUGUGCCAACUGAACGCCCGGCAAGGCUCCUGCGAUCCCGAGAGCGACUCCUCCCAGACCACCAUCUCCCCGGAGACCUUGUGUUCCAGCCUCUGCAGCUUGGAGGACAGCCGCCUUCUCAAGGAGCUGGGCUCGCCUUCGGAACUGGCCGCCAAGCUGCUGGGCUCCAUGUCCGGCGGGGAGGGGGUGCUCCUCUCCAAGUUGCCCACACAGACAGCCGGAGAAUGUGCCUUCCGGAGCCUGGCGCAGCUGGAGUGCCAGGACUCUAUGUACUCCAUGUCGUUCACUGAGUCCUGCCUCUCGCCCACAGAGGAUGAGGGGAUCCCAUGCAAGGACUACAAAGUCCACGGGGACAGCUGCCAAGUCCGGAGGAAAGUGUCUGACGUGGCCUCUUCGGGCGUGGUGUCACUCGAUGACAACGAAGAGGAGGAGGUGGAGGAAGAAGAGCAAGAGGAGGACACUGGGGAGCAGUGAACCGUCCUCCACCCACGGCAUGCUUCACCUGCCAUUUUGUCCUGUUCCGUGGCCUCCGUCCUCAGCUCUGCUCCGUGGCCUGCCGGUCCACCUGGAGGAAAGGUUCCUCCCUCUCUGGGUGGCGGCCUGGCUCUAUGCAGGGCAGGGGAAAGUGGGUGGAAAGCAAACCAGUAGACCCCCCGCCCCACCCUUUUCACCUCCACCGUGCCAUCUGAGUCAACCAUUUAAGCCUGAGGGGCCUCUAACGUGGCUUCGUGGAUUUUGCCUGCUGCGUUCUCUCUCUCUCUCCUUUUCUCUCUUGUGGUCUGUUUUGUUUUCUUUGCAUGAGAAUGUCUUGGGGGUGGGGGUGGGGGUGGGGAAAAGAAGCAAGCAAAGU